AUAUUAGUGUCUAUAAUGGAUUUUUUUUGUAUAAUACUAAUCGAUAGCGCCUCAUUGGUAAGUGCUACAAGAUCUCGUAUGUCAGGUGGAGAUCAUAUUCACGCUGGUACUGUAGUAGGUAAACUGGAAGGAGAAAGGGAUAUUACUUUAGGUUUUGUUGAUUUACUACGUGAUGAUUUUGUUGAAAAAGAUAGAAGUCGCGGUAUUUUUUUCACUCAGGAUUGGGUUUCUUUACCUGGUGUUCUGCCUGUUGCUUCAGGUGGUAUUCAUGUUUGGCAUAUGCCUGCUCUGACCGAGAUAUUUGGAGAUGAUUCUGUACUUCAAUUCGGUGGAGGAACUUUAGGACACCCUUGGGGAAAUGCACCUGGUGCCGUAGCGAAUCGAGUAGCUCUGGAAGCAUGUGUACAAGCUCGUAAUGAAGGACGUGAUCUUGCUCGUGAGGGUAAUGAAAUUAUCCGUGAAGCUACCAAAUGGAGUCCUGAAUUAGCUGCUGCUUGUGAAGUCUGGAAGGAGAUCAAAUUUGAAUUCCCAGCAAUGGAUACUAUUUAAUCCAGUAAUUAUCAUUCGUUCUAUUAAUUUCAAUUAAACUCGGCCCAAUCUUUUACUAAAAGGAUUGAGCCGAAUAAAA